CGCGCUCGCGCCUCUUGCUUUCGCCGAGAACUGGCCGUUUGGGCCGGAGCGGAUCACGUGCUCGUUACCAUCGAAGCGGAGAUCCGAGCCGCGGCCAGUAGUAGUAUCGUCACGACCGCCGACGCCGUCACCACCGCCAUCGCCGCCCGAGUGACUACCGGUAAGUAUAGCGUCGCAUUGGCAUUAGCCGCCGUGUACCAUGAACACUCAGGAUGCGGUCGCGGUUUCGCUGGCCACUGGACUCGUCACGCUUGUCGUCUGCACAGUCUGCUCGGCGGCCGCUAUCAGCUCGGCUACGGCGUCCGGUCCGGCCGUGAACGGAGCGGCCGCGUUAACCACGACGGACACCGCGUCUGAAGCUCGAGGACACUUCAAGAAGAUGAUGAUGAACCCGUACAUGCUGAUACCACAGCUGAUCACCCUGGGCUUCGCACCCAUCGUCCUAGCAAACCUCAAGAUGAUGGUCAUGUCGGCGCUGAUGAUCAACAACAUGGCCCUGAACGCGGCUAUCUUCAUGACCGUGCGCAACAUGGUGUUCGGCCCUCGGCCCAAGGUUAAGUACAUCAACUACGGUUACGGCAACCAUCACGACAGUCACGACAGACGGGGUCAACAACAGCAACAGCAUCAGCAGCAGUGGUCGUCGGAAGAGGAGAUGCAGAGUACGGCUGAGGCCGAAAACCAACUACGUCGCGACAACAGGGCUGACGUCGCAUCGUGGCAGCGACCGUAGACAAACACGUAUCGUUUUUACCCCUCGACUUUUCUCGCGUAUUCGUUAUCGCCGUACAAACUUUUGACUAGUCCAUUUUUGUAUAUCUAUUUAUUAAACCGUACAUGUAUUAUGUAUUACUACUAUUA